AUGGAUAAACGUCUGAUCUGUAUAUCCGUUGAAAAUCACAUCUCUGGAGAUCAACCUAGAUCUGUAGCAGGAUUUAUUCACGUGAUGGAAAUGAACACCAACAAGAACAGUGGUUCCACGGAUUUUUAUCUCGCGAGGACAUUAACAGGUACAAUCUGGUCACAACGACAUGAAGCUUCGAGACGCUGCGCUGGAAGCGGUGCGGUGGAACUACCGGUGGCACCGGCAAGGACGAUUUUCGCGAGGCUUCUCACAGAAGAUGGACAAUUUCUGGUACGUGUUACGGAACCGCAACCUGGAAUGGGUUUGAAAACUGUACUUUCAUCAAGGUGGAAUGGGAAAAACCAUCAUUUUGUUGUGAUUGAACAACAUGGGAAAGUUUUAAUUGAAGGCAUGGAAUUUCUUAGUGUUCUCGAGAUGGUUAAUUACUACUUACGCGAGCAGAAACCUAUAACGCAAUCGACGGGAGCUCUAUUGAUAACGCCCAUUCCGAAGCAGCAAUGGGAACUUCGCCACGAAUCAAUCUCCCUUGGCCAGUUUCUUGCCGAAGGAGCGUUUGGAGGCGUCUAUGCCGGCGUAUUAACCGUAGGUAGUCGAAAGUAUCAGGUGGCAGUCAAAGUGAGUAAAAGUCAAAAAGUGACGAAACGAAUCAUCACUGAGAUUUGUAAAGAGGCUAGAAUCUUGCGACGAUAUCGUCACCCAAACGUGGUCAAGUUCUAUGGGGUAGCUGCAGAACGGGAACCUGUUAUGCUAGUAAUGGAGUUGGUCAACGGCGGUGCACUUGACGCCUAUCUACAAAAGAAGAAAGCAGAAAUCACCGUUGCUGACCGGGUACGAUUCGCAUUUGGUGCAGCGAAGGGUCUUGAGUAUCUGCACAACAAUGACUGCAUUCACAGGGAUGUUGCUGCGAGGAAUUGUCUUGUUCAUAAUGGUGAGGUGAAAAUUAGUGACUUUGGUUUGUCCCGGGAGCUGUCAAAUCGCGCCAAGAAGUACAAGAUAAAGGAUCAAAACCAGCGUCUACCAGUACGGUGGCUUGCUCCCGAAGUGCUAUCCUCUGCCACUUACUCGAGAAAAAGUGACGUCUUUUCCUAUGGAAUAUUGUUAUGGGAGAUAUUCAGCGACGCUGCACUGCCAUAUGCUGAUAUGACAUUGAUAGAAGUUAUCACGAAGGUACAAGCUGGCUACCGAUUAUCUGCGCCCGAUAUUAUGCCAAAAUUUGUACGUAAAAUUAUGAUGGACCAAUGUUUCCCGACGCUGCCUGACGAUCGCUCCACAAUGACACAGAUUCGUCAAGUCAUUGAAGAAGAAAUGGAACCCAGACCGUCGUCUUCUCGCCAUGACGAAAAGAAAUAA